AUUCCUCUGCCCAACAAUAUAAAAACCUGUUUCUGUUGAUAUUCGUAACUUGGUGUGUGUGUUUGUGUAUUCUAGACUUUCCUGUUCACAUCGUCGCUGUGUGUGUAUGUCUGUUAUCUGCGACCGUGAUCUUAAAACGAAAAUUGAGGGGGGGAUGUGCACCGCAGUUGCGUGUCUGGAGACCAGCUGAAUAUUUGUCGUAAAAUACACGUAAGCUUAGUGACAGUUUAGACUUCUCCAGCCCAGUGUGUUGUCGAAACCUGUCUGACUCUCGGGUCUUUAUGCGCCGGCUGUAGUCUAACUCGUCUCAGGUAGAGAAUGCCCGCCAUCACAUUUUCGAGAAGACAUCAUCGCUUGGCCAUUCGAAUUUUACUCUUCUGUGUGGCAUCUGGGCUUGUGUUGGUCUUUGUACUUUCGAAAGGGGGAGAUGUUGUCAAUAAGGUUGAUAUCGAAGGUAAAGCUGCCUGGCUCAAAGACUCGAUAGCCAACUUGCCCAUAUAUCAGGAGGAUACUAGAGAAUUUUGGCAGAAAACACAUUCCUCGAAAAAAAUUGACUGGCACAACCACAAGCAAAUUGAACAAGAAUCCAAACAGACUGGCCCUGGAGAACAAGGACUGGCCUUCUACCUUUCACCUGAAGAUGAAAAAAUCAAAGACUCUUUGUACAAGGUCAAUGGCUUCAAUGCACUUGUCAGUGAUAGAAUCAAUCUCAACCGAACACUGAAAGACAUCAGACAUCCAGAUUGCAAGGCGCAAAAUUAUUUAGAAGAUCUCCCAACUGCAAGUAUUGUCGUACCAUUCCAUAAUGAACACUUUUCAGUAUUGCUUCGGACGGCGUACAGCGCAUUGAACCGAGCUCCUGCCAAUCUUUUGGAAGUCAUUUUAGUUGACGACGCAUCUACUAAAGAGCACAGUAAAAAACCUUUGGAUGACUACGUCACCCAGCACAUGCCCAGAGUAAGGGUCAUUCAUCUGGCCGAAAGAUCCGGUCUUAUCCGCGCUCGAAUGGCAGGAGCUCGUCGCGCCAAAGGCGACGUCAUCAUUUUUCUCGAUUCCCAUUCGGAGGCGAAUGUCAAUUGGCUUCCUCCUUUAUUAGAUCCCAUUGCUGAAGACUACCGGACGGUCGUCUGCCCUUUUAUAGACGUUAUCGAUUUUGAAACAUUCGCCUACAGAGCUCAAGAUGAAGGGGCCCGUGGAGCUUUCGACUGGGAAUUUUUUUACAAACGACUGCCGUUGCUCCCAGAUGAUUUGAAACAUCCUGCACGACCGUUCAAAAGCCCGGUCAUGGCUGGCGGACUCUUUGCCAUAAGCAAAAAAUUCUUUUUCGAACUGGGCGGUUACGACGAAGGCUUGGAAAUUUGGGGCGGCGAGCAAUACGAACUUUCUUUCAAAAUAUGGCAGUGCGGUGGUCAGAUGUUUGACGCCCCUUGUUCUAGAAUCGGGCACAUUUACCGGAAAUAUGCUCCCUUUCCAAACAGCGCCAAAGGCGAUUUCGUCGGCAGGAAUUACAAACGUGUGGCCGAAGUCUGGAUGGACGAGUACAAAGAAUAUUUGUACAAGCGGCGUCCCCAAUACCGCAACCUAGAAGUCGGUGAUUUAUCAUCCCAGACCGAAAUUCGUGAGCGUCUUCAGUGCAAGACAUUCAAGUGGUUCAUGACAAACAUUGCCUUCGAUUUACCAAAGAAAUAUCCGCCCAUCGAACCUCCAGAUUUCGCUUCCGGAGAGAUUCGAAGCAAAGCCGAUUCCACUUUAUGUGUGGACACUCAAUUCAAAAAGGAAAACGAGCGCUUUAAUUUAGAGCAGUGCGUUAAAGAUGGUUCUGGGAGAUCAGGUGAACAGCAAUUUGCUUUGACGUGGCACAAAGAUAUUCGACCGCACAAGAGAACCAUGUGUUGGGACGUUUCGAGCCUUGAUGCUCAGGCACCCGUUCUACUUUGGGGUUGUCAUGGUUCCCAAGGAAAUCAACUUUGGCGUUACGAUCCGGAAACUCUGCAAUUGAUUCAUGGUGGAAAUCCUCGUUGCCUGGAUUGUGAUCCCGGACGCAAAGAGCUUUUUGUUGCUACUUGUAACAGUGAGUCCCCGACACAGCGCUGGACGUUUGAACGGUUCAACCAAACCGCAUUAUUGCGCUGGAACAAAGCCGGGAUAGAUGAAGUUUAAAUUUGAAAAUGUUGCUAAACGUUUUUUGUUUGAUGAUUAACAUUUAUUUUCCUGUUUUCUCCCAAAAAAUCGAAGCAGCUUGCUUCUCAUUGUAUUUUGCUUUUACAUUCCCGUUUGUUGAUAUGAAGCAUGUUUAAGCUAAAGGGGUGUGCCAUCAGACCUUAAUUAAUACAGUUUGUGCCUUACAAGA